CUCAACGAAGUUUCUUGGUGCUUUUGCGGUCGUACUUAGCCCUGUAAUUGCUACUUUGUGCUCAUCGUAUACUUGAAAGGCGGAAGAGAAGUGUUACAGGGAGGGGUAUCACCCAAUAGUGUCGACUUGCCCACCACGCGACUCCGUUGAAUGUCAGUUUUUGGUUCGGGCUCUGUAAGCACUUUAAGACUUGUCCUCUGAGACCAUCACAGUGAGGACCUCGAAGGUUUAACGUUUUUAGAAUUUUUUUACCAUCUGAUUUUUUAUUUCAAAACAUUUAUUAUUUCAUCUUAUCAUCAUGGCGAGCAUCAUGAAAUUGGUUGUCAAUAAUUAUAAUGAACUUAUGGAGAGUCACAGAGACCCAAUGGUAGAUUCUUGGUUUCUAAUGAGUUCACCAGGACCAGUUCUAACAAUUCUUGCUGGUUAUCUCCUGUUUGUCUUAAAAGUUGGACCAAAGUUAAUGGAAUCAAGGCCACCAUUCCAGCUCAAAACUGUUCUUAUAUUAUACAACGGUUUUCAAGUCUUGUUCAGUAUCUGGCUUGUAUCCUUGGUAUCGAAUGUUAAUUUCUUUAACUCAAUUCUUCCAAACAACAGUUGUAGAGAUUACAACAAACCUACGAGUAAAGAAUUCCAAUAUAUGAUUUCUGCAGGAGGUUGGUGGUACUUCUUUGCUAAAAUCAUUGAACUUUUGGACACGGUAUUCUUCGUUUUAAGAAAGAAACAAAAUCAAGUCACUUUCUUACAUGUUUAUCAUCAUACAAUCACAGCACUAUUCUCGUGGUGUUACUUAAAACUCUUGCCAGGUGAACAAGGACUUCUUAUUGGUUUCUUGAACUCACUCGUACAUGUCGUUAUGUAUUCUUAUUAUCUGAUUGCGGCUCUUGGACCCCAAUAUAGGAAGUACUUGUGGUGGAAGAAAUAUAUGACCGGGAUGCAAUUAAUUCAAUUUGGUCUCAUGCUUGUCUACUUAGUAUCGAUUCUUGCAAUGGAUUGUGCCAUGCCUAAAGCUCUUACAUAUUUCUUCGUCACGAAUGUAGUUAUCUUCAUUUAUCUCUUCAGUGAUUUCUAUCGCAAAACUUACAACACAAAGAAAAAAGUUUAAGUAACAGCAAUCACUUGAAUUUUUUGAAAUAUGUGAUGUUUUUAAAAACAAAUGCUGUCAUACAGUGUUUGUGAAUUUGUUUUGUUUUUAAAUGAACUGAUAUAAUUUGAAUGCAAAAGCAAAUGUUUUAUGAUAAAUACGUCAGAGUAAAAUGACCUGUUUUAUUUUUCUUUUACUCUGACGAUAAAUAAUGAGAAAGCCAUGAAUUAGGGCGAUCAAAAUCAAAAAUUGUUUCAACGACGAAACUAUUUUAUAAAAAAAUGAUUAAAUUCUAAAAAAAAGUUACCUCAUUAAUGAUGUUGCAGUCAUCAUGAAAAAAUUUAUAUAAAAUUUAUUAAAUAAAUAAAUCUAUAUAUUUUUUAAAAAUUUUAUUGGACUAUAUCCAAUAUCAUAGAAUUAGUACAGAAUUAAUGAAAUGAUAUAAAUACUUGUUACUGCACAUAUAUCAUUGCGUUCAUUUUGUACAAUUAUGAUUACUUAUUUAUUCAUAAAUCAUGUAAAUUCCUAUGUAUGUGCAUAUUAUAUAUAUAUAUAUAUUAACUAAGAAUAUAUUUUUUAUCGAACGAUUAAUAUUAAUAAUUAUUAGUAUGGUACAAAAUAAAAUUGUCACGGCGAUAUUGGAAUGAUUAUUAUGCACAAAAUGACUAUAUAUUUCAAAAUUGUUUAUGUGUAUAAUAAUGUAAUUUAAAAAAAAAAGAUGAAAAUUGUAAAAAAAAUUUUUACGCCAAAUAAAAAAUAUAUUGGCGAUUUU